AUGUACUAUCAGCAUCUCAAGGAAAUUGAAAAGAGCUGCAACAGAUACAUAGACAGUUUGAACCAUAUAGCGCAAAUCAUGCCCACCUCAUGCUCAACUGAUAUCAUUACAGCAUACGAUAGAGUCAUCAGCAGCUGGCAAUUGCUUGUCAGCAUCAAUGACGAAUGCAGACUGAACAUUUCCGCGUUGCCAGAUGUGGCUAACGAAGAACGUCGCAUGGAAGGAGCUUUGAAAAGCUCUCAGCAGGCCUUUGGAGCGCAAUUGAAGACGUAUAUUUGGUUUACACUCUGUCUAUGCAUCACCGUACUCACUGGAAUUGGCUCGAAUGUUACGAGGCUCUUGGUGAUCGCCGUUGGAUCUGUGUAUUUCAUAAUAAGAAGCGUCUUGUUUGUGUGUGCCACGACAAGGAUUCUGACAAAAGAAACAGAGGAUUUGAUAUUAUGGAUGCAAUUCAAGCAAGAGAUCGACAACAUUCAUCACGAUUUGAUUGGGUUUACAGAGCUUGUACAUGACACUAUAGAAUGUGUCAAGUCCAUGUGGGUAGAAAAAAGGCAACAAUGGUUGGAAGUCAUGUAA